GCUACUGACAAAACCAAAAUAAGGAACCCCCAUUUUAUAAUUUAAAAUAUUGUACAAAAAUGCUGUAAAUAGCAAUAAAAAUGUGCCUAAACUCCCUAAAACAAUUAAUUGUAUUAGAAAAUAGGAACUUAAAAAUUAAGUAGGUAUUUAAAAAAAUAUCAUUUUAAAAUGGCAAAUAAGUUGACGUAACAUUUGAAUUUUUUAUUUUAUGACAAAAUGGCGGGAGAAAAACUAUUAUGGAUCGCUACCGUCCUUUUGCGAUUGUGGUUGUGUGCUACGGAUCUCUGCUCCGCUCAGUCGACCCUGCUGACCUUCCAAGACCUGCUGCCCGACGACCCACGGCUCUACGACAAGAUGCGGCCGCCGAAGCGCAACGACCAGCCCACCGUCGUCUUCUUCCACGUCACGGUGAUGGGCCUGGACUCUAUUGAUGAGAACUCUAUGACUUAUGCUGCAGACAUAUUCUUCGCUCAGACAUGGAAAGACUUUCGAUUGAGACUUCCCGAAAACAUGACUUCUGAAUAUCGGCUCCUCGAAGUGGAAUGGCUGAAGCACAUGUGGCGCCCAGACUCGUUCUUCAAGAACGCCAAAUCCGUCACCUUCCAAACCAUGACCAUUCCGAACCACUACGUGUGGCUGUACAAGGACAAGACGAUCUUGUACAUGGUGAAGCUGACCCUGAGGCUGUCGUGUGCCAUGAACUUUCUCAUCUACCCGCAUGACACGCAGGAGUGCAAGCUGCAGAUGGAGAGCUUGUCGCACACAACAGACGACCUGAUCUUCCAGUGGGACCCGGACGUGCCGCUGGUGGUGGACGAGAACAUCGAGCUGCCGCAGCUGGAGCUCAUCCAGAACCGCACCGCCGACUGUACACAGGUCUACUCUACUGGUAACUUCACGUGCCUAGAAGUGAUCUUCAAGCUGAAGAGACGUCUAGGCUACCAUCUCUUCAACACAUACAUUCCCACCUGUCUCAUCGUUAUUAUGUCCUGGGUGUCCUUCUGGAUAAAACCUGAUGCUGCGCCAGCGAGGGUGACCCUGGGAGUGACGUCACUGCUCACACUGUCCACACAGCACGCCAAGUCACAGGCUCAGCUGCCGCCAGUGUCGUAUCUGAAAGCCGUAGACGCCUUCAUGAGCGUUUGCACUGUGUUCGUGUUCAUGGCGCUGAUGGAGUACUGCUUGGUGAACAUCGUGCUGGGCGACGGAGCCGGCAAGCCCAAGGAGCCAGCAGAAGCGGCUAAAGCCAGGAUGCGGGCCAUCAACAUAGACCGUUUCUCCCGAGUCUUCUUCCCGCUUCUCUUCUCCGUGCUCAACGCCACUUACUGGUUCCAGUUCGCGCAGUACAUCUGACUGGUUGACUGGAUCUUCAGUUACGGCCUCGUUUGGUUUUGGGACGUUUAGGUCUUCAGUUACGGCCUCGCCUGUUUUUGGGACGUUUAGAUUAUUUGCGUUGUUGAUUGCGAUGUGUUGAGAGAUGCGAGGUCGUAGGUUGUUCCAGAGGAAAGGAUGAUAUAUUCUGAUGUGGACUGGCAACUGACAGAGGACUAAGAAGGUGAUGAUGAGGAAGGCGAUAAAAUAAUGAUAGCUGCGUGAAGUUGAUGAUGUUUUGGUUACGACGAAGUUUGCAAUGUUUUAUAUGCUGUAAGUGCAGGCGGCUGCUAUAUAAAAUUAAAUA